ACGAUUGUAAUCCUGACCCCUGUGAUAAUAGAGGAACUUGUACUGAUAGAGUGAACGACUAUACUUGUGCCUGCGAAAUGGGCUAUGCUGGAAAAGAUUGCGAAACAAAUAUCGACGAUUGUAAUCCUGACCCCUGUGAGAAUAGAGGAACUUGUACUGAUAGAGUGAACGACUAUACUUGUGCCUGCGAAAUGGGCUAUGCUGGAAAAGAUUGCGAAACAAAUAUCGACGAUUGUAAUCCUGACCCCUGUGAGAAUGGAGGAACUUGUACUGAUAGAGUGAACGACUAUACUUGUGCCUGCGAAAUGGGCUAUGCUGGAAAAGAUUGUGAAACAAAUAUCGACGAUUGUAAUCCUGACCCCUGUGAUAAUAGAGGAACUUGUACUGAUAGAGUGAACGACUAUACUUGUGCCUGCGAAAUGGGCUAUGCUGGAAAAGAUUGCGAAACAAAUAUCGACGAUUGUAAUCCUGACCCCUGUGAGAAUAGAGGAACUUGUACUGAUAGAGUGAACGACUAUACUUGUGCCUGCGAAAUGGGCUAUGCUGGAAAAGAUUGCGAAACAAAUAUCGACGAUUGUAAUCCUGACCCCUGUGAGAAUAGAGGAACUUGUACUGAUAGAGUGAACGACUAUACUUGUGCCUGCGAAAUGGGCUAUGCUGGAAAAGAUUGCGAAACAAAUAUCGACGAUUGUAAUCCUGACCCCUGUGAGAAUGGAGGAACUUAUAUCGACGAUUGUAAUCCUGACCCCUGUACUAUUUUUGGAUGA